AUGGUCCACUAUGACUGCCAGAACGCCAGCCAUCACAUCCUAGCUCCAAUCAACACAAAGAUGAUCUGGCGUUGGGGAGGGACAGGACAAGAAGUACAGACAGAGAAUGUGACAGUGGCCGAGGGUGGGGUGGCUGAGAUCACCUGCCGACUGCACCAGUACGAUGGGUCCAUAGUUGUCAUCCAGAACCCAGCCAGGCAGACCCUCUUCUUUAAUGGCACCCGGGCCCUGAAGGACGAGCGUUUUCAGCUUGAGGAGUUCUCCCCACGGAGGGUGCGGAUCCGGCUCUCCGACGCCCGCCUGGAGGACGAGGGGGGCUACUUCUGCCAGCUCUACACGGAGGACACCCACCACCAGAUCGCCACACUCACUGUGCUAGUGGCCCCCGAGAAUCCAGUGGUGGAGGUCCGGGAGCAGGCAGUGGAGGGCGGCGAAGUGGAGCUCAGCUGCCUGGUUCCGCGGUCCCGCCCAGCUGCUGUCCUGCGCUGGUACCGGGACCGCAAGGAGCUGAAAGGAGUGAGCAGCCAACAGGAAAAUGGCAAGGUCUGGAGAGUGAUGAGCACAGCGCGGUUCCGCGUGGACCGCAAGGACGACGGUGGCAUCGUCGUCUGCGAGGCACAGAACCAGGCGUUGCCCUCUGGACACAGCAAGCAGACGCAGUACGAGCUGGACGUGCAGUACUCCCCCACCGCCCGUAUCCAUGCCUCCCAGGCCGUAGUGAGGGAGGGUGACACGCUGGUGCUGACUUGUGCUGUGACAGGGAACCCCAGGCCCAACCAGAUUCGCUGGAACCGCGGGAAUGAUUCCCUGCCAGAGCGGGCUGAGGCUAUGGGGGAGACACUCACCUUGCCUGGGCUGGUAUCUGCCGAUAAUGGCACCUACACCUGCGAGGCGUCCAACAAGCAUGGCCACGCGAGGGCGCUCUACGUACUCGUGGUUUAUGACCCUGGUGCGGUGGUAGAGGCUCAGACGUCGGUGCCCUACGCCAUCGUGGGCGGCAUCCUGGCGCUGCUGGUCUUUCUGAUCAUAUGUGUACUGGUGGGCAUGGUCUGGUGCUCAGUGCGGCAAAAGGGCUCCUAUCUGACCCACGAAGCCAGUGGCUUGGAUGAGCAGGGAGAAGCAAGAGAAGCCUUCCUCAAUGGCAGCGAUGGGCACAAGAGAAAAGAGGAAUUCUUCAUCUGACUCCACCUCCACUCCGGGCCUGGGCCUGGCCUCAGGUCCCCCGCACUGCCAGCUGCAAGGAACCAGCAAAGACAUUU